UUUUGCUUCAACAUCUGGAUUCUUCCAUCAUGCUGUGUUAAAACAGGUGAAUGAUAUUUGAUAUUUUUACUGAUCCAUAAGUGGAAACCAUUUUUUAUAUUUUCGGGAACAUAGCUUCUCCUGAGGUGUGUCCCACAUUCAGGCACUGAAGAUGGGUGUGUGGGCCAGAGCAGUGGCUCUGUCUCUGCUUCUGCAACAGCUGGUGCUCACUGUCACAGCUCAAGGCAUGAUCUACGACCUGCUGGUGUCUCCAGACUGCCUGCCAGACUUGCUUCAAGGAAGUCUGAAGAACAAAGGGCGAGAUGAGGCGUUCCUCCUAUCUUCCUUCAGCCUCCACAGCAAGGCCCCGACUUCGCUCUACAGUGUCAUCAACCCCAAAGACAACACCAAGUACCUGGAGCUCAGCCUGCAGGCCAAACUCAGCAAGGUGACCCUUCGUUACCAGAAGACUGACGGCAGAUUUGCCACAACCAGUUUCAACCAUGCCUCCCUGGCAGACGGCCGGGAUCACCAUGUGAUGCUGCAUGCCAGAGGCCUACAGGGCGGCACACCCAGCCUCAACAUUUAUGUGGACUGCAGACUGGUGCACACUUUGAAUGAUCUGCCAGCUGCCUUUGGGUCUCUCCCCCCUGGGCCCAACAAGGUGGCUCUUAGGACCCUGCAAUCCAGAGGGCAGGAUGAAUUGACGGACUUGAAGCUGGUGAUAGAGGACACCAUAGACAAUGUGGCGACUCUGCAGGACUGCAGUGUGGAUCAGCAUGAAACUCUGCAACUGCUCAGUAUCCAGGGAGGCAGUACAACGCACGACCAGUUUACCAUGCAGGAGCUGAAGAGCAUGUUAUCUGAGAUGAAGGUGCUGCUUAACCAGCAGAUUAAGGAGACAACCUUUCUGAGAAACACCAUCGCAGAGUGUCUUGCCUGUGGUCUCGGGGGCAACCCAACCAACACAGGUCCAACCCCUCCACCGUAUAUCAUGAAGCCUAAGACACCCCCUCAUUCUCAGCCUCAGCCUCAGCCUCAUCCUCAGCCUCAUCCUCAGCCUCAGCCUCAGUCUAAGCCUCAGCCUAAGCCUCAGCCUAAGCCUCAACCUAAGCCUCGGCCUCAGACUCUGUGCCCACCUGGGACCUGUUUCAGACAAAACAUGUGCAUCCCUUCAGAGUCAGGGGGAUAUCAGUGCGCCCCCUGUCCGGACGGAUAUACAGGAGACGGGGUGCGCUGUGAUGACGUAGAUGAGUGCAAGUUUCAGCCAUGCUACCCUGGUGUCCGGUGUGUGAACACAGCUCCUGGUUUUCGCUGUGAGAAAUGUCCUCUGGGAUACAGCGGUCCAGAGAUAAAUGGAGUCGGAGUGUCUUAUGCUAAGUCCCACAAACAGGUGUGUGACGAUAUAGAUGAGUGUCUGGGCCCGCUGGAGAAUGGAGGAUGCACUGCCAACUCCCAGUGCCACAACACUAUAGGCUCCUUCCGCUGUGGAGAUUGUAAAACUGGCUUCACAGGAGACCAGCGGAGAGGCUGCCAGGGAACCAGGCUCUGCCCUAACGGGAAACCCAGCCCAUGUGAUGGCAACGGAGAGUGUGUGGUGGAGAGGGACGGCAGCAUCAGCUGCAGGUGUGGGGUUGGUUGGGCAGGUAAUGGAUAUAUGUGUGGGAAGGACACAGAUAUUGACGGGUAUCCGGACACCAAGCUCCCGUGCAGAGACACCAACUGUAAGAAGGAUAACUGUAUGUACGUGCCAAACUCUGGCCAAGAGGAUGCGGACAGCGAUGGGAAGGGGGACUCCUGUGAUGACGAUGCAGACAGUGAUGGCCUUCUUAACGAAGAUGACAACUGCUGGCUCGUUCCUAACGUGAACCAAAAGAACAGCGAUAAGGAUCUCUAUGGCGACGCCUGUGACAACUGCAAAAUGGUGGAAAAUCCCUUACAGAGGGACACGGAUCAGGACGGGCUGGGAGACGAGUGUGAUGAUGAUAUGGACGGAGACGGCUUAAAUAAUAUCCUCGACAACUGCCAGCUAGUCCCCAACACAGACCAGGAGGACCGGGACAACGAUGGGGUGGGAGAUGCCUGUGACAGCUGUCCUGAUAUGUUCAACCCUAAUCAGUCUGACUCCGAUGAUGACCUCGUAGGAGAUACCUGUGAUGACAACGUAGACAGUGAUGGUGAUGGCCACCAAGACUCAAAAGACAACUGUCCCACAAUCAUCAACUCCUCUCAGCUGGACACCGAUAAGGAUGGAAUGGGAGAUGAAUGCGACGAUGACGACGAUAAUGACGGCAUCCUGGACGAUGACGACAACUGCAGACUUGUUCCCAACCCAGACCAACAGGACACAGAUGAAAACAGGGUCGGAGACGCAUGCGAAGGAGAUUUUGACCAAGACAACGUCAUUGACAUAAUCGACCACUGCCCGGAGAACGCAGAGGUCACGCUAACGGACUUCAGAGCCUACCAGACCGUAGUGCUGGAUCCAGAGGGGGACUCUCAGAUCGACCCCAACUGGGUGGUCCUCAACCAGGGCAUGGAGAUCGUUCAGACAAUGAACUCUGACCCUGGCCUUGCUGUAGGCUACAAAGCUUUCAGUGGUGUUGACUUUGAGGGAACUUUCCACGUAAACACGGUGACGGAUGAUGACUACGCUGGCUUCAUCUUCGGCUACCAGGACUCCUCCUCCUUCUACGUGGUGAUGUGGAAACAGACCGAACAAACGUACUGGCAGGCUGCACCCUUCAGAGCCGUCGCUGACCCAGGAAUACAGCUCAAGGUCGUGAAGUCAAAGACGGGUCCUGGUGAGUAUCAGAACUCCCUGUGGCACACAGGAGACACCAACGAUCAGGUCCGCCUCCUGUGGAAGGACCCGAGGAACGUUGGCUGGAAAGACAAGGUCUCCUACCGCUGGUUCCUCCAGCACAGACCACAGGUCGGAUACAUCAGGGCUCGCUUCUUUGAGGGUCCAAAGCUGGUGGCCGACACAGAGGGGAUAAUUGACACCAGCAUGAGAGGAGGGAGACUGGGCGUGUUCUGCUUCUCUCAGGAAAACAUCAUCUGGUCCAACCUGAAGUACCGUUGCAAUGACACUAUUCCUGCUGACUACGAAGAUCUCAACGCCCAAAACACAGAGUGAAGCGGAGAAAUCCAUCAGAUAAACUAUUAGAGCUGCACUGUCGAGAACAAAGAGGACCAGAGUGAGGGGAAAUUAAAUUGAGAGAGCAAACAAAUUGACUGUUGUGGUUAAAGGCUUUUUUUAACGUGGUCAUUUGAGUGAAAGGGUCUUAGGAAAGCUUACAAAUUGGGCAUUAUAUACUUUAGUUGUGUGUAACUGAAGCCAGUACAUUCAUGGAUAGAUCAACAGGUCCUGUUUGUUGAUCUCAAAUUCAAUACCAGCAUUUAUUAGUACUUAAAUACUGUGUUUGAUUAAGAUGCUAAAUAAUCUGAGCAUUUAAGAAGGAAAUGAAGGGUUAGUAUGUUGUAUUUUACAUCCGAUCAUUGUAUUAUUUAUCUGUAUGAAGGAAAAUAUCAGUAAAUAAAGACAGCAGAUAGCAUUCGAUGUAUGUUUUAUUGAAAGAAUGUGAACAAUGAAGUGCAUGGCACCCAUGAUUCCGUUUCUAAAACAUACUACCAAAAUGUUCCUGUAUGUCAUGGUUAACAGCAGCUCCUGCUAUCUGAUUAUUUUAUUUUUUUAUUGAUAUCAAAGCCAAGAGCACCAUUUAUUUUCUACAUUCAUACCGAUAGUUAAAAAGCAGAAACAUUAUCAACAGAAGAUGAGUCGCACGACAAUAUUUGUAGGUAUAUAAAGCAUUGAAUGUCCAUAGACAACUGGACUCAAGCAGAAAUGUACAUAUUAAAAAACAUGUUAGGAAUACAGUCAAACAAAAGACAUACUGAUUUAUUGAUGUUGCAGUUGACAAUGUGUAAUACAUUGUAUUUAUAUACAAUACAAACUAAAUCUGUUACACAGGCAACCAAACAGCUGAAGGUCUUUGUGUGAAUUUUAAUUCGGCAGUAAACUCAACAUCCAGUGUUGAAUAACUCACUAAUAAAAACACUCAUGCUACUUUAUUUUGACCUCCAAUAUGAGCUGACACAUGUAACAAAAACCUUUAAAACUGUACAGAAAAGAUCUGUUUUAAGUGUCUGUGAUUGCAUGCAAAUACAUAGGUUUUUUUUCUGUUAACCGACCAAACAAUUCUAAUGGAGUAGUUGGUUGUUUUCUGACAUCUACCUUUGGCAAACAUUCCUCACGGUGUCACUGCAGCUCUUCCAGAGAGGCGGCGCUCCACUAACGUCACUCUAAUGUAAGGCAGGUUGAUUUGAAGAGCUCUGCCCUGUACGACAACAACGAUGACUGGAAAUGUUGAAGAGUGGAUUUUCUUAAGAAAUAGUCUGGCUCAAAGGGAGCACGGACAAUAAUAAAAUCUUUGUGGAAACUUCACAACACUGGCUAUAAUAUCUAAAAGAGUUUGCUCUGUUGCAUAGAAAACUUCUACAAAAAGAGAGUGGUAUAACA